GGGGAGGUGCCUGGGCCCACACAGGAACCAUGGGACCAUCAGGAGAGGAGGAAGUGCAGAGCAUAAUCCUGAUCAGUGAUGAUGAGGCCGAGGACACUCUUGGGAAUUCUGUCCUGUUUGUAGACCCCCAGGAGAAAUCUACCCUGGGAGAGGAGAAACCUGAGGUUGUGGAUGAGGAAUGUGAAUUAAUGGUGACUUUCUGUAAACAAGCCAAUGUGAUGCCUCACGCGAGAUACGACUGCACCACACACCCCUUCGAGAGAACAGAAUGUGACACUUGCUCACCCCUGGGCAAAAACGCUGAGAUUUGUGACCAGUGCUACUGCUACAUCUGUGACAAACUGGCUUCUGAGUGCCAGAACUGGACAACCCCCUCCCUGUGCCACUGCAACGCCCACCACAAGAGCAGGUUCUGGAAGGAGCAGCGGGACUUUGCCCUGGCCGGGGUCCUGGUCAUGUUCAACCUGGAGCUCGCGGACAUCGACGCCGAGCUGCGCCACGGGGACCCUUUCUCUUAUAGACCCCUUAACUUUUUCAGGUAUUCUGACGUUUUUGCCCUGGUAACAAGAUUUUUAAAUCAGGCAGAGCAAGAAAGUCCUAAAGCUGCUGCUGUGAUGCUGCUGGGAGCAGCUAAAGAGAUUGCAUUGCACAAAGACCCUGCCCUAAGCUGGCAGAACCUUGGCCAUACUGAUUCACUAAAGAUUGCUGUCCCAUGUCUGUUCCAAAGGAUCACAACCCAACUUCAGAGGAUGCUGGUGUUGUGUGACUUUCCCAAAACUCUCUAUGAAAAGUUCAUUAGUUUCUUUCAGUCCAUCUCCCUUCCCUGUCACUGCUUUGGCUUCUCAAACAGCCUGAACGUGGUGCCCUGGGAUCACGUGUUGCUGACCACGGUCCUGAAAGGCCAGAACAUCACCGGGCAGAGGACCCAGAAAGGCAGGAAAGUAUUCCUCUGGGAAACACUCCCUGUCAUCGAGGCUCGAGUGGAGAAACUGGUAGACAAAAAGAACUAUAGAGAAGUUGUUCGUUACCUGAGAGCUGUGAAAUGCAAUGACACCAGAGGGUAA